UUUUUUUGCAUUCUUCAUGUCCUCUUUUCUCUUUUGGUCCAUUUCCUAAAGCCCCCACUGUCACUAAUAGAAUGAGGUGCUUAAGGGGACUCCGUAAAUGAAGUGGGAGAAAAAAAUGUGGAAGUGGGGUUGAGGUGGAGGAGAACAUACAUAGUAGAAUGGAGGAAAGAAGUAGUGAAGAAUGAAUGAAUGAGGGAAAAAAUGAGGGAGCAGUCACUGAAUGUUUUUGUGGCAUUUAUUUUUUGUUGCCUUUAUAUUCUUUCUAAAGCCUUUUUUUCUAUUUUCUCAUCUCUCGUUCAGGCACACGUUGCUAUAUUUACCAGUCCAGUCACACUUUCCAAUAACAAUCCCUCUUUGGCAUUAUUUUUUGUUUUUUGCCUGUAUCUCUCCAAUGCCGUGAGAGAAGAAAAAAAAAGAAAAUUCGACUGGCUUCUAUUUUCAGUAUUUUAA